AUGAAGGAGGUAAAGAGCGAGCGGGAGCGAGGGAGCCGACGGAGGCACCGCGACGGGGACAUGGUGGCGGCGGCGGUGGUGGUGAAGGUGAAGCAGGAGCGCCUCAGCCCGGAAGCCGCGCCUCCCGCCCACCGCCGCCCAGAUUCCUCUGGCGGUAGCGCGUCCCCGCCGGCCGGCGAGCCGGGCCGCCCUGGUCACCGAGGGAACCGAGCCCGAGGAGGUAGCCGGUCCCCAGCCAAAAAGAAAAACAAGUCCUCAGGGAGAAGAAGCAAGUCUCCACGAAGUAAGAGAAGCCGAAGCCCUCACCACUCGACAGUCAAAGUGAAGCAGGAACGCGAGGAUCAUCCCCGGAGAGGACGGGAAGAUCGGCAGCACAGGGAACCAUCAGGCCAGGAACACAGGCGAGCUAGGAAUAGCGACCGUGACAGACACAGGGGCCAUUCCCACCAGAGGAGAAGCUCUAAUGAGAGGCCUGGGAGUGGGCAGGCUCAGGGACGGGACCGAGACAUUCAGAACCUCCAGGCUCAGGACGUGGAGCGGGAGUUUUACAAUGCCCGACGACGGGAGAAUCGCCAGAAGAACGAAGUUAGUGCCGGCGGUAACGAGCCUCAGGAGUUGGCUCCCCGACCUGGUGGCAACAGUAAGGACAAAGAGGCGCCCGCUAAAGAAAAGCCAAGCUUUGAACUUUCUGGGGCACUUCUUGAGGAUACCAACACUUUCCGGGGUGUCGUCAUUAAAUACAGUGAGCCCCCAGAAGCACGGAUCCCCAAAAAACGGUGGCGCCUCUACCCCUUUAAAAAUGAUGAGGUGCUUCCCGUCAUGUACAUCCAUCGGCAGAGCGCCUACCUCCUGGGCCGGCACCGCCGCAUAGCGGACAUCCCAAUCGAUCAUCCCUCCUGCUCAAAGCAGCACGCGGUCUUUCAGUAUCGGCUUGUGGAAUAUACCCGUGCUGAUGGUACAGUUGGCCGAAGGGUGAGGCCCUACAUCAUUGACCUUGGCUCAGGCAAUGGAACAUUCUUGAAUAACAAGCGCAUUGAGCCACAGAGAUACUAUGAACUAAAGGAAAAGGACGUACUUAAAUUUGGGUUCAGCAGCAGAGAGUAUGUCCUGCUUCACGAGUCCUCUGACACCUCCGAAGUAGACAGGAAAGAAGAUGAGGAUGACGAGGAGGAGGAGGAAGUAUCUGACAGCUAG